GGACUCAAUAGGCAACACAAUUGAUAGUUUUAUUCUUCUUUCGUUACAAUUAGAGGUAAAUUCGGGAGAAGGUAAAUCUACUUUUGUACACUUUACUCCAACUACAACUGGGAGGAUAACAAUAACUGCGGAGGCUAGAGCAGGGGAUCUCCUCAGAGCUGCUGCAGUUGAUAAAAUACAAAAACAAGUGACUGUCGUGCCAUACGGGAUUAUUAAAAGAGAAAACGUUCAGGAACUCGUAAAUUUGACCCAUGGAUCGAGCUCACAUCUUAGCGUGUCUCUACAAGACCCACCGCAUAUGGCCCCGGGCAGUAAAACUGUUACAGUUAAGAUGACCGGGAACUUCAUGAAGCCAAGCAUUGAGGGUCUACAGGGGUUGCUGAUAAUGCCGCACGGUUGUAGGGAACAAAAUAUGGUUGACUUUGCACCUGACGUUUACAUUGCUAAAUAUUUGAAAACGGUUGGACAGCUUACUAAGGAGAUAUAGGGAAAGGCUGUCCAGCAAGUGAAAUUCGGUUAUCAGAACGAACUAAGAAAUAUGCAUCGGGAUGGCUCAUUCAGUGCUUUUGGGGAAAGCGAUCUAUCUGGUAGUACAUGGUUGACUGCUUUCGUCCUGAAGUGUUUUGGUCAAGCACGCUCAAUAGUCAAAGUAGAUGACCAGGUUUUGUCAAGAUCUAUGGUAUGGCUUCUUGGGCAACAGGAUCAAGACGGCUCCUUCAGAGAACCUGGGACGUCAAUGAGAUGGGUUGACCAAUCAGGAACACAGACCGGUGUUUCUCACACAGCGUUUAUUUUGACCGCGAUGCUCGAAAACAGAGGAUUUAAAUUAGUAGCAGAUUCCCGCUUGAAUAAUGCAAUCACAAAGGCAAUGCAUUAUUUGGAGGCCCAGAUCAACGACCCACACGACAUGUAUACUGUUGCGGUGUUAUGUUACGCCAUUGCGAAAUCUGGCAGUAGCAUAAGUCCGUCUUGCUUUAACAAAUUACAAACUGGAGCUUUUAACCAAGGAGACAAAACGUAUUGGCAACAUUCGCGGAUGGUAAACAAACGGGCAAACUCGAGAAUGGCACCGUCACGUGCUCCAUCACGUGAUAUUGAAGCAACAUCUUACGCUCUCCUGACAUAUAGUGAACUUGGAAAACUGAAUGAGGGACGUAAGGUUGUCAACUGGCUUGUGUCACAGAGGAACCCGUCAGGCGGUUUUGCAUCGACUCAGGAUACUGUUGUGUCGCUUCAAGCUUUGUCCGAGUUUGCAGCCCGCUUUCCAAUGAACCCGAGUUCAUUUCCCAACUACGGACUGCAUCUGAACACGACUGGAAAUAAUUUCGUGCAUGAAUAUCAGAUAACCCCGGCAACCUACGAUACCACUUAUAGUUUCGAGGUGCCAUCUAACGUACCGAGCAUACACAUCUACACGACUGGUGAAGGAGUUGCGGUGAUUGACGUUACGACCUCGUACUAUAUCCAAAGCGAUCUGCAAGACCCGCGCAUCAGUAUUUCUGCAUCCAUUAUAAAGGAAUCCCUCAACUCUAUCACUGUGCACAACUGCAUGCGUUGGACAGGACCGACGCCUAGCGGUAUGCUGCUUAUGGAAGUGGAAAGGCCAACUGGCUUCAUGACGGAUGUCGACAAACUCAACGUACAAACCACUAUCAAACGACAGGAAAGAAACGGCCGGUUUCAUGUUCUUUACUUUGAUAGUCUAGCGGUAAAUUCGCAAGUGUGUGUAGAUGUCAAAAUGGAUCGUUCGGACCCUGUUGUGAAAAGCCAAGCAUGUCAUGUGAUGGUAUAUGACUACUACGAGCCAUAUCAGUCGAGUGUUACGGAGCAGCCUGUGUACGAAGAACCAUCAUGCCGAGAUAUUCCAACGGCUGGUUUGAGUCGGUUCGACAGAUGGUUGCGGAAGGAAGAUGGUGGGGUGCCAUCCCGGUGCAGUGGUAUAGAGAGCAUUACGAUGCCAAUGGACAGAUGGAUGGAUGGGAAUGGCUCGGUGAGGGUUUUGACUGGGACAGGCGUUUUAAAGGACGUAAAAGAAAUUGAAUUCAAUCAAAUUAGAAACCUCAAGUGCACAGCAGUGCCUCCAAUGAGGACGUAUAACCAGAUCAGUCUUGCACGAUGUGGAAUGCGUUGCAGUGCCAACACCGAGUGUAUGAUCAUCAGCUAUGACCACAACCUACGGACAUGCUAUCUGCUAGACACAAGCCCAUUCGACCAAUCACUAUGGUCGACGUUUGUCCACGACGUAGGCUGGUCUACUUACUUCGCAGAAAGUCCACCAGGAAAUCAAUUGAUUGGUAUUAAUGCAACAUUAUCGAGUGUAAAUACCGAAGGGUGGAGUGUGGCCCUCAGAGCCAUCGACGGUGACUUGUCGACAGACCAUUUACGCCAACCUCCUUGUGCCCACACUGCCUUGAGUACGGACAACUUCUGGCAGAUGGAGUUUGAAAUGCCUGCUCCUGUCACGGCUGUUGACAUAUAUUUUCGAUCCGAUGACUGUAACGAACGAAAUAUCAACAUUUGGCUGUAUGUGUGUCAGACUGAUACCGAAUGUGCAGAGAACACAGGAACGCUAUGUGCCUUCUUUGGUGGCCCUCCCGUCAACCCCGCCCUGCCGCAGAGGGUCACGUGUGACAAGGCCGGAUAUGGUCGGUUCCUCCGUCUGCGACAGUUGACGUCACCUCCGGGCACCAACCUUCAACUAUGUGAAAUAAUCGCCUACUCCUAA